GCGGCUGAGACUGUCAGCCCCCGAGGGCAGCUCUGCUUGGCCUCGUGUCCCCAGGGCCCGGCACACAGUCAGCGCUUCAUAAAUGCGCGGAAUGAAUGAAUGAAUGAGCCUUGAUCGGCUUGGGUCGGAGCGCGAACCCGCGUCUCAGGACUUAGGAGGCCACGGGGGGCCCCCGGGAUCCCCCAGGCUAGACUGGCGGCCCCCAGGGCAGGGAUCGGCUUCUCGUUGGCCUUGUGACCCCUGGGCUCCGCGCAGUAGGCGCUUCAUUAGUGCGUGUUGAAGGGAUGGAUGAAAAGGCACCAGAGGAUUGGAGGCAGGAUUUGAACCCAGGGCUGACCCCUCCACCCGCAGGGAGGCCGUGAGUUUAAUCAAUACUAUGAAACACUUAAGUAAAGACAAAUUGCCUUCACCUGCCACAUUUGAAAGAAUUGUAUAUAAAAAUCCCUCUGAAUACCAUUAUCUGAAAGUCCAACUUGAAUUUCAAGAUCGUGGAUUUAGAUUAACUGAUGCACAAUUCAAACAACUGAUUAUUUUGGCUCUAAGGGACUUGUUUGGAGAGGUUGGUGCUGCCUUACCCUUUGAUGUCUUGGCAUAUGAAGAAAAGAACUUAUCAGCCAUCCUGAGGAUCUGUAGCAGCGGCCUCGUGAAGCUGUGGAGCUCUCUCACCCUGCUGGGAUCCUAUCAGAACAAGAAAUGUGCCUUCAGAGUGACACAGGUUUCUCCAUUUCUUCUUGCAUUAUCUGGUAAUAGUAGAGAACUUAUAUUGGAAUAGUAGAAAUUAAACUGGAAUUCAUUGAAAGUGAAUGGUCUAGAAACGGGUUUUUUUGGUCAGCUGUGUGCAGUGUUUGUAG